GACGCUGUAUGUAUUAUGUAAGACGCCGGCGACGUCUUCCAUCAUUCGCAUUUCCUUUCUCUUCGCACAGACAUGGAUGCUGAAGAAGAAGGAGAGAAGAAAAGAGUCACCCUUGCAGAUGAUCCUUCCAACAAAGCGAUGGUCACCCUUGCAGAUGAUCCUUCCAACAAAGCGAUGGUCCAGAAAGUUCUUCAUCCUCUUCCACCGGAUAUUCUGCGCGAAAUCCUAUCAAGACUCCCGAUCACCUCUCUGAUCCACUUCAAGACCACUUCCCAUGCCUGCUAUGAUUUAAUUGCCGAUCCAAGACUCCCUCCGAUGUUCCACAACCGGGUAAGCGACUCAAACCCAUGUCUGAUUCUGUACCACCACAAUAGUGUUGCCCCCCGGCCCUUGCAACUCUAUUUUGUGGAUAGUGAGGAUUGUAGUCGAAGGGUUAGGAAAAUCGACCCACCACAGCAUUCAGAAGUUUAUAAUCUGGUGGGUUCUUGUAACGGGCUGUUAUGCGUAUCCUAUCCCAAUCCCACAUUAUGGAGGACUCGUAGUCUGCUAAUUUACAAUCCUUUUGUUGGACACGCUGUGAGCGUCCCACCAGCGAAGGAAUUGCUGAAUCAAAGUGAAUUUUUUGGGUUUGGGUGUCAUCCGAGGACAGGUGAAUUCAAAUUGGUCAGGAUUGUGUACUAUCAGAAGAUCAUGACGGUAGUAGACCCGGCGCUAGAUGUGGAAGAAGUGGAUGAAGAAUCGGUGGAAGAAGUGGAUGAAGAAUCGGUGGAAGAAGUGGAUGAAGAAUUCGUCACUGUUGAUAAAUCAAUGGUUCAGGUAUUAACCGUAGGAACAACAAAGUGGAGAAACAAAGGAGCUACGCCUCCACACUUGGUGGAUGUAUUCAGACCACCUGAGGCUCAAGUUGAAGGAUCUCUCCUUUGGGUGACUGUUGUUGGGACGGGAGAACUCGGUUCAAUCUUAGGUAUUAUCUCCUUCGACCUUGCAGAUGAGGUGUUCGAAGAAAUUCCGCACCCACCUUGUGAACAACUUGUGUCAGGUGGCUACAGUCUUUCCGUGCUCAAUCGGUGUCUAUCGGCAGCUGGGUUACCUGAUUCUGUGCAUUUUGAUAUAUGGGUGAUGAAGCAAUACCGUGUUAAGGAAUCUUGGGUAAAACAACUCUCCUUUGAUUUCUUUUUUAUUUUUGGUGGACGGCCAUCGGCAUGGCCAAGAAGACCAAGAAGACUUCCCAAAGUUAUAUGUGCACUGAAGAAUGGUGAGAUUCUGUUAGAGCAUAAUUACGGUUCUCUGGUUUCUUAUGAUCCUGUAGAACACAGAUCCAAGACUCUUCAAAUGAUUGCGUUACCCAAGCAUUUCCAGGCACUUCCUUUCCUACCUUCUCUUUUCUCAGCAGAGGCAACCGUGAAUUUGCAACUUUAACUCUCUCUUCAAUCAAUCCUUUUUCUGUAAGACUCUACUACUAGUUUUUGGUUUGUGUUGAAUCUUUGAUCAUCAAUGUAUCAAUAGCAGUUGUGUUAUUUACAUCAUCAUGGAUGACCUCUGUUGUAUGGCAAUGAGACCCACCUGACUAUUAUCUGCCUUUUUCUCGAGAAGUAGUUCUGAAGAACGGAGAGAUUGUGUUGGACUGUAACAAGUCUCACAAUGCUGCUCUCGGAAUGGUGAUUGAAGAUUUUGCUUCGUAAGAGUUUUAUGUAUCCUGAAGAGCAGGAAGAUUGUGUUGGAGUGUAACAAGAAAGCUCUGGUUUCUUAUGAUCCUAAAACUAACAGGUUCCAGGCUCGAAAGAUCAACCGGCUUCCGUAGCAGUUCCAAGCUUUUGCUUUUCAGCAUACUCUGUUCUCAGUAACGGAAACCUUUGAAAUAUUCU